GGAGGCGGCCGCCGGCCCUUCCCCGAGCGCGCAUGCGGCUGUGCCGGGCCGGGGCAGCGCCGCCGCGCUCGGGGGCUCCGCGUACGGCUCGUCCCUGCCCCCGGCCCCGCGCCCUCCUCCCCGGCGGGCGGCCGCCAGCGCCCCGCAGAUGGGCUUAGGCUGGAGCAGCGCGGAGGAGCGGCAGCCCCUGCUGCCCCCGCCGCCGCCCCACCACCACCAGCACCACCACCACCACCAGCAGCAGCAGCGGCGGCGGCCCCAGCAGCUGCAGCAGCCGCGGGGGGCUGCGGGGAGCCCGGCGGUGCCGGUCCCGGUGCCGGUGCCGGUCCGGCGGCUGGCCCCGGCGGCGGGUCGCGUGUACGGGCGGCGGUGGCUGGUGCUGCUGCUCUUCUCGCUGCUGGGCUUCGCGCAGGGCCUGCUGUGGAACACCUGGGGCCCCAUCCAGAACUCGGCCCGCCUGGCCUUCGGCUUCAGCGGCUGGGACAUCGCCCUGCUCGUCUUCUGGGGGCCCAUCGGCUUCGCGCCCUGCUUCUUCUUCAUGUGGCUGAUGGAUAAGAAGGGUCUGAGGGUAACUGUAUUACUAACAUCAUCACUCAUGGUAUUGGGAGCUGGCCUGAGAUGUGUUCCAGUUUCAGACCUAGAAAUAAGGAAGAAGCUGAUUCAUGGAGGGCAGCUGUUAAAUGGCUUGGCGGGGCCAACUGUGAUGAACGCAGCACCAUUUCUUUCCACGACAUGGUUUUCUCCAGAUGAACGUGCCACAGCAACAGCUAUUGCAUCUCUGCUCAAUUACCUGGGUGCUGCUGGUGCGUUUUUAGUGGGACCUCUUGUAGUGCCAUCUCCUAAUGGAACAUCUCACCACCUGCUGGUAUCACAAAGCAACACUGAGCACAUCAAGGACCGCAUUGAGGCUGUAUUGUAUGCAGAAUUUGGAAUGGUUUCCUUGAUAUUUUCCGCAGCAUUGGCCUACUUCCCCUCACGCCCUCCAUUCCCUCCCAGCGUGGCUGCAGCUAGUCAACGGCUUAGCUACAGGAGAAGCUUUUGCAGGCUUCUAAGCAAUUUCCGAUUCUUGAUGAUUGCUUUAGCCUAUGCUAUACCACUGGGUGUUUUCUCUGGCUGGUCUGGUGUUUUGGAUUUGAUAUUAACGCCAGUUCAUGUAAGCCAAGUAGAUGCAGGCUGGAUUGGAUUUUGGUCUAUCGUUGGAGGUUGUGUUGUUGGCAUAGCAAUGGCAAGAUUUGCAGAUUUUAUCAGGGGAAUGCUGAAAUUUAUACUACUGCUGCUUUUAUCUGGAGCAACAUUAGCAUCAACCUGGUUCACUCUCACCUGUCUAACUAGUGUCACUCAUCUGCCUUUAACCACAGCUACACUGUACACAUCCUGCAUUUUGUUGGGUAUAUUUCUCAACAGCAGCGUUCCAAUAUUCUUCGAGCUCUUUGUGGAAACGGUCUACCCCGUUCCAGAAGGAAUUACCUGUGGAGUUGUCACCUUUCUGAGUAAUGUGUUUAUGGGAGUGCUCUUGUUUUUCCUCACAUUUUACCACACAGAGUUUUCCUGGUUCAACUGGUGCCUCCCGGGAUCGUGUCUGCUCGGCCUGCUCCUCAUCCUGUGCUUCCGAGAAUCCUACGACAGACUCUACCUCGAUGUCGUUGUCUCUGUCUGAUAGUGCAGGACUGCUGACUGGUUGGAAGAGACUGAAAGUUGAUUUUGCAGUCUGCACAUCUUCCUGGAUUUGCACAGCUGACCAGAGGAAAAACAAAGAAAUUACAAGACUUAAUUAUGGCUUUAUUAGAGAGGGUGAGGGACAUGUUGUUUCUUAUGUUCAAGAUCCCCUUGUUUUGCAUUAAUUACAGGCAGAUAAACAUGGAACUUGAGUGAUGAUAAAGAUGCCUGAAAUGCACAAAGAGAAUAUAUCUGAUGUACAGGUACCAGUGUCAGAACUGGAGUUCUCUAUUUAAAAGGCUGUUCAUGUAGCAGUGAGAUGUAUGAGUCUGUGUGUGCAUGUGUGUGUGCCAACUCAAAGUUGUACACACCGGGGUACCAGUCACCUUCAAGUCUUCUAUCAGAAUAGGUAUAGUGAAUAAUCUCUACAAAAGGAAAGAAAAAAAAAACAUUUUUAUAAAUCUCUUAAAUUGCUAGUCACUUCUAUAACAAAUGUCCAUUAAACAGUUAAGCUAAAAUAAUUUGGUGCUGUACACUACAUUUACGUUCGAAUAAAGUGAUUUCUGAUAUAAGACACUGGUACCAGGGUUUUUAGCCAUACUAAAAUCCCAGUCAAUCCUUGCGAUGUUGUUAGAGGUGUUUGUUUAUCACCCUAGAGCACAUGGAUGCAGAACGGUAGCCGUAGGUGCCACUGAAACGUAGCUGCAACUGCAACCAGCAGUUGCCUCUGAAAUACUGCCACAGCUCUGUAUGUCCUCAAUGCAUAGCAUCUGUGGUAUCUCAGAAGUUUACUGUAGAGUCACUCUUGGUAUUUGUUGCUCUCCUAAAGGCUACUGCUGUCUCACCUUUCCAUCCCCCGUCUCCAAUACUGCCUUUUGUUUUCUAUUUACUGUGAAAACCUGUGUUCAUGCCGAUAAAUACUGUUGGUGUGGAUGUUCAAGUCCUGGUCAUUGUCUUCUGAUACCCUAAGGUGUGCAUGGUUUUUAGGAUUAGUUUACAAUUGAGGGUGCCUAAGCAAUACUGUUUCUUAACCCUUUAAAAAUCACUUUAACUCUUUUAAAAAUCACAGUUUCCUAAAAAAAAAAUGUUUAUAGUUUGAUGGGGUGCCCUGAUGGCGAAAUGACAAUGAGUUUGACAAUGAAAAACAACUCAUGAGUUUUGGCAUAAUACGGGAAAUAUAAUGCCAGCUCUUUUUAUCAGUAGUAAUUUGUGGUCGUUCUGGCCCUUACUUGAACAUAAAUAUUGAAGACACUUUGAAUAGUUUUUUAACUCAAUUUUAAACCUGCUAAUAAUUUCCUAAUUAUCUGCUUAGAUUUCAGUUCAGCAUCAUUUACAGUAUUCCCCAUGUGUGUGUUCUAUGCUUUGUGUUGUGUGUGUGUGUGUGCGUGCAUAUUUAUAUCUAUGUAUACACAAAUAAAGCUUAUAUAUAUCUAAUAUAUAUAUAAGUUAUAUGAGGGUAUGUGUUUACAUAGGUUUAUUUUAAAUAAUUAUGUCUCUGGAUGGUGGUGGUAUGCCACUGUUGUAACUAAACCAGUCACUGCCGUGAACAAAAAUGCAUACGUCGGCUGUCUGUGACAUGGUUUAUUUUUUUUCCUGGGGUGAAUGAUUUCCUACCGUAGCUAUUUUAUAAUACGGAGCGCGUGCACAUGUUAGAGGAGGUUGGUGUGCAGAGUUCUUCGUCGACAUAAGUUUGAAUCAAACGCCCUUUGCUCCUACGUGGGGCUCUCCUCUGCCACUCUUGAGUGAUACAGACACUGUAAACUCACUCAAAUAAAACCUGAUCUGAGUGCUACCUUUCCGACAUGUAUCCAUUCAUUGUCUUCUCAUUUUUCAGACAGAACAUGCCACUAAUACCUUCAGCUCAGGAGUGUAUUUGUGCAGCAAAAUAAAGCAGAUGCCAUGAAACAGCUUGCUUUUAUGUUUUCAAAUGUAUUUACUGUAGUAAGUAGCAGAAGAUUGACUUAGCUCAUUGCCUAUAUCAGUGACUAAAUGAUCUUUUUUUCCCUCCUCAAAACAUGUUCUUUGUAGACAAUGGAGCUAACCUACAUAGAGAUAACUUAAUCGAUCUAACUAUCACAUUCAGAACCACCGGCAUCAUCCUUUCAUCGUCUUUCAGAUGGAUGGUAUUAACUGUCCAACUCCUUUUUACUAUGUUUUAGUGCCUGGAAUAGUUUUAGUAUCCAGUAGCUGUUGCUACCUAUUGUUUUCUGAAAAACUAGGAUUGCUUGCCAAGAAUUUGAUUGCACUUGCAUUGUCAUGGCAGAAUUGCAAGCUCGGAUGGCUCUUCAGAGCUCUACUUCUGCAAUUUACUGGAGCUAUAUUAGGAUUAAAAUUGCACAGUUCAUGCACUGUCCCGAGUGACAGAGAUUUCUAAUCCUUUCACUGUCCAGACUAUUUUAAGGUGGAGGAGCACCUGAGGCAGCGUUCAGACGAUAACCUAUUCUUCCUCUGUUUCAGAAAGCAGUGAACAAUUCAAAAUAUUUGUCAGUGCUGCCAAAUCUAGACGCUCUGUACCGUCAGGGGAGAAGACUGAACAUCUUGUUUUAAGCCUUGUUGAGUGUUUUCCUGAUUUGCUGUGAAUUGCUUGCUGCUCUCCUGAACUUUAGAUGCUUUUGAUAGAAGUUUCUGUGUCUGUCUUGGGCACUGUAAUGUGUGGUCUUAAUUACAGCCCUCAGCACCUCCACCUCUGCAUUGAAACAGAAAUGUUAUCCAGGGCUGAGCAGUACAACAGGAUGCUGCUGGAGGGAGACCCGUGCCAUGACUGCAGGCACCAGUCUGCAGUCCAGCCUCAGCCAGAAUUCCCAGCAAAUCUGAUGGAAAUCUUCUUGAGUGAAAACCGAAGGAUUGCUCCCAAAUUACUUGAAGUUGCUGAGGACACUGCUGCGUUCCGGGCACACAAUCUUUAGGUCUUUAUUAGAUUCCCAAGUCUGGCUUGGGACAGGAUGCAGGGAUUGCAAAUGUACUUGCUGAGAUCUCUUGUAACUUGUUCUCAUUUGUGAUCGUCAGCAUCCUCCCUCUCUGGAGAAGCAGUACAUUUCACGUCAGUAACCCAAAUGAAGCUUUGGGAAUAUUUCUUGGAUAAGGGUUAUCAGAUAGGUACAUCCUUGUUGGGAUCUGCCGUGGGUAAAUGGUAUCAAUUAGUGAUAGUUCUAGAGAGAACUUGUGAAUGAGUAACAGCAGGAUUCGUUUGGGUUUUUCUCUAAAUGAGAUGUUGUCUAGCACUGUCACAGAAUAGCUGAAAUUGGCUGCUGCUUCACCUCUGACUUGCAAACAGAGGAAGGUGCUCUGAGAAGUUAUAAUAUUUAUUUGUCUUCAUGGCCCUUAAGUUCAUGGCCCAGGAGAGCAAUUUUUUCCUGCAGUUCAGAACCCCUUGAUCUGCUGUGUUUUAUACUGAAAAUGCUAGGGAGGAUGCACUGUAGUCGCUCCCCUCUCUUUAAUAGACCUUCAGUUCAAGUAGUUAUACACUGGGCUGCCUUUCAGAUUUCUGCUUGGCUCACUAAUAACUCCAAAUUCAUCUUCCAGUUCUGCUGGCUUUUCUUGCGAGCUCUGGAGCUGCGCUAGCCUUCAUGCUGCUAAUGAGGAAGCUCAGGUUUAGAAGUUGGCUCUACUUAAGGCACUAUUUACUGUCUCUUCCCUGUUUUUACCCCUUAAUUUCCUUUUGAUUGCUUUGCUUUGCCGAGUGGCCUUCUGUUCCCCGUGUUGGUGGCAGUGCAGGUGCUGUGGCAAAAAGCUCCCAGAUUCUCAAGUCGAUUUUAGAGAGAUGGGUCCUAUCUAUUUAAUAUAUAUAUAAAAAUAGUGAUUUUCAGAAAAUCAUGCAGGCUGGAGGAAGGUACAGACCCGAAGGCUUUUACGUGUGUAUGAGCAGUGUUGCAAAGCCGCUACUCACGUGCCUGAAACUCACAGACUCGGCUCCUACACCUAGAUAGCCCCAACUGAUAUGGACCAUGCUUGCUAUGGCUGCAGGUUCACAGCAUUGCUGAGGUGUUCAAACCACCCGAGAGAUCCGAAAUGCAUAUGAACAAGAUGUCUUUCAUCUUCAAGUGGCUUAAAAAAUCCUGGGCAGCCUCUGUGUUUGCAGCUGUAGCUCUGGGGGGACAGGCUGACAGACUAGGAGUUUCUGGAGGGCAUUUCAACACUGAGAUCCUGUGGUGAGUUAUCAAAUCCAUAGAAAACUUGAAGUUUCGUGGUGAUGGAGAUGUUAAUUUAUGGUCUAUUCUACAGUAAACUUAGCAAGUGAAUGCAUAGCCUUGCACUAAUAUAAUUAAACUGUCUUGAUUGACAUUUGUAUAUUGGCUGUUACUAGAAAGGGAAGUGCUGUUAAAUGUGGGGGCUCACGGAAAUAUGAAUGGGGAUUAUACAGUUUGCACAGAGAAUUUAGCUGUCCUGUAAUGCUCUGACAGCAGAUUUUUAAUCGUUAAUCCUCAUUUCUUAUGUUAGGUCACUUUCAAAUGUUAAUUAGUGUCUGUGACAAAGGCAUUCCAGGUGGGACUUUUUAGUUCCAUUAGACUUAUUUUUUUUCCCAAGAUUACAAUUAUGGAUUAUGGUAAUAAUUUGGCAAGAUAACUGCUACACGUGUAUGUUGUGUUCGGUAUUGAUUUCAUGUCUGGUGUCACUGCUCCCAGUGCUGCCGAAGCACCAGGCUGCGGGGGACAUGGUGUAGGUGAGGGUGUGAGAAGGCGCCCUGCAAAAACGAGGAAGUUCCUCUUCCAGCAUCUUCCUUGGGCUCCCAGGAAGGGAUCACACCUCUGAGAGGCACACAGACACCUCCUGUGUUUGCAGGGGAGCUUUUGUACAAUCACAAGCUUCAUGCAUUUCCCUGCAACUGUUACCACUGCCGUGUCGGUUGUAGGUGGCAUUGGAGAAUCUGCUUCCCAGCACCAAGGAGUCACUUUGGAGCAUGGAGUUUCAGUAGAGCAGGCAGCAGGCGCAGUAAAACUCAGCUGAUGUCAAUCUGCUUAUAAUUCUUACAGUUUGUGUUUCGAGGCAGAUGAAACCAAUAAAUAGAGGAGGAAAUGCAUUUCUAUCCAAAGCUUGACAAGCAAAAGCAAACAUUUGCACAGAUGUGCUGGCUCCUGCCUUUUGUUUGUGAUCACAACGUGUUUAGAGCAAACCCUACCCACCCAAAAAGCCUUGGGCACUGUGCUCCCUGUGGCUGGGAGUGCCUGGGCCGAGGGGAGGGGAGAUCAGCGCAGAGCAGAAGGGGAUUUGCUGCAGCCAGGGGCUGCUGAGGUGCUAUGGCCCUGGGUCUGUGCAAGAGGGAUUUUCCUACAGCCCCCUCGGAGCUGUCAUAGCAGGGUCUCUUUUCCAGGGGCCGCCUCCUCCCUCUGCAGAACAUUUCUAAUUCAGCUGCUCCAACUCCAGGUUCCUAGAGCUAAAUCCCUUUUGAAAACUUCAGUUCCGCUUUUCGACUGCUUUCUGGCUCAGAGGUUGGGACAGGCCUCUCUCCCUCCCCUCUUGGGGGUGAUCUGCUCGCGUGGUGCUUCUGGAAAGGCGAGGGCUUGGCCUCAGCUUCAUUGCCAGUCCUGCUGCUGGGCUUCCAUCGAGACGUUCAUCCCCUUGGUGCCACCCCACUGCACUGAGCAGAGCGGGCAGGAAGCAUUGGGGUGCCUGGGGCCCCGCUGCCUUCUCCCAAACUGCUUCUGGGAUUUGCCUCUGGGCACUAACAGAAGGUGAAGGAGGAGGCAUCUGGGCUCUCCUGGGUGGCUUCAAAGCCUUCCUCAUGAGCAUGGUUCACUCAUGGACUUCAUGGACUCCCUCAAGGACGAGGUUCUGCAUCUGCAGCACGGUUUGUGCUGGAGCAGGUACUGUAUUGGUGCACAGUUGCUGUUUGCUGAGGCGCAGCAGGCAGGGAGGGGGCCUGCGCUCUGCUACGAGAGCUUUUCCGUUCCCCAUGUCUCACACCGCUGCCUUCCCCUGGGAUUUCUUCACUACGUGUAGCUGGACAGGCUCCUUACUCUCCCUCUGUAUGGCUACGUGAAGAAAAUACCAGGGGAAACCCUUCUUAGGGAGCGCUUUUCCCUUUAGGCCCAGGCCCUUUCUCUACCCUUGAUCCAUCCUCUCAGACAAGGCCCAGGCCCCGUGUUUUCCCUCAGAGGUGUCAGGCAGGCUGCCUCUCUCUGCAAUAUUUGUUUAAUUAAGGUCUCGUUUGCAUUGCCCGGUCUAACAGCGGGGUCACCAUGAGCCCCCAGCGGCCGUGGGCACAGUCCCGCAGCCCAGGCCUGGGAGCACCGCGGGCAGCUCUCCCACAGCCAGGCCCGUCCGUUUUACCCCCGUUUGUACGCGUCCCACUUUUGUAACUUUUUAAAUGAUUUGAUAGAGUUUUAUUUUGAGGUAAAUUCUACUUUUUGUAUGCAAUAUUCUGAGGUGAUGUAUUUUUAUUUUUAAGAAAAUGGUGUUUAAACCACUGUAUGCCUGUCAAUGUAACACACCCUCUGUGUCAUCUCUUUCUAAAACUGGAAUCUCACCAUGACUUGUGUGUUCCUGCUCGUAAUGCUUGUUGCACAUUAAAGAGGUUACUCAGC